GUCGCUUUCUCCGCCUGAAGUCGAGUUCGUUGGACUUGGGCUUAAUUUUUCCUCACGUUUGGGGAGGAGGAGCUUUCUAGGGUUUUGGGAAAACUAAUAAGCUCGACGUAUCUGGGGAUUUUGCUUCUGCUGAACUACUCGACAGAUUUGUGGAACCUCUUCACUUUCUCUUACUUCUCUGCUGCAUUUCUACACCACCGGCGGUUCUGUCAGCCUUUCUCGCUCCUUGUUAUAUCAUAACAGUCCUUUGCUAGGUGCAAACAGUUGCUUUUCAACAAGCUUUUGGACACAACUUGGAGUCUCUUGGCAUCCCCAAAUUAUCUGUAGCUCCACCCAUUAAUCUUGUAGGCGCCACUGUUUCAGAAUCACUCAGAGAGGCCAUAAAAGAAUGGUGAAGGAAGAAUCCUCAAACAUCUCACCCUUGGUUGAUGAACUUGUUGCACCUGGAGAUGUGGUUCUUGAUUUGUCGAAGAUGGUAAACCAGACAUUGAAACUUGGAAGAGGCCUUCGGCAGGAUUGCGAUACAAUCUCUGUGACAGCUGCUGGAAGACUUAGGUUUUCCAAACCAAAUAAAUACUGGGUAGAGAGCUCCCAAAAGAGGUAUUUACCAUCUGUUGGCGACACAGUUCUUGGCAUUGUUGUUGAUUGUAAAUCAGAUAACUUUUGGGUGGAUAUAAAAGGGCCAACUGUUGCCUUCCUCCCUGUACUUGCAUUUGAAGGUGGAACGAGGAGAAAUAUACCAAAGUUUGAGAUAGGUACAUUGCUUUAUCUCCGGGUGGUCAAAGCUAAUAGUGGCAUCAAUCCUGAGCUCUCCUGCACUGACGAAAGUGGAAAAGCUGCAGAAUUUGGAGCUCUAAAGGAUGGUUAUAUGUUUGAGACAUCAACAGGCUUGGCACGUCUGCUGCUGAGCAAGCCAACUUGUCCAAUCCUUGAGGCCCUUGGGAAGAAGCUCUCCUUCGAGAUAGCUGUUGGUUUGAAUGGACGUGUCUGGGUUAAUGCAUCCUCACCAUCAACAGUUGUCCUCGUAACUAAUGCAAUCAUGAACUCGGAGCAACUGAGUGGAACACAACAAAAAAUCAUGGCAGAAAAGCUUUUGCAGAGGCUUCAGCAAUGACAUUUGACUCGAUAAGGUGCGACUAGCUAGAUUCCUUGCCUAUUGUUCUCCUGGAUUUGGAGCUUUCGACCAGAUGUUUUAUUGCACCGCGUGAGAGGUUCGCAGAUUGUGUGUUAGUUUAGCUUUUAAAUUGAUUAUUUAGACGCCAUUUCUAGAUCCUAAUUAUAUUUAUGGGAGUGGUCGGGUAUGAGUCUUUGUAGGGUUGUACUCCAUUGUAAUUGAAUCAGCGGCAGAUUUGAUGUGUCUUACACAGUUUAAGUCAAUCUCCUCCUGCUGGCUGUUAUCAAACUUCGUGCGAUUGUGCCCCAGUGCAAAUUUUUAGUUGCAGGAGUUUCCUGAUGUCA